GGGGUGGAUGAAGUGAGAGUGUCCACAUUAGCAUUGUCUCCAAAUGGUAGGACUGUGGCGAGCGGAAGUGAUGAUGGGACGGUGAGGCUGUGGGACGUUAGGACGGGAAAGGUCACUGUCAAAUGGGAAGGGCACACUGAUACCGUGACUUCAGUGUGCUGGAGUGCAGGUGGUAAGCGAGUCGUGAGCGGAUCCCGGGACGGGACAGCAAGAGUAUGGGAUGUCAAGAGCGGCAAAACAGUCCUGGGUCCAAUCGAGACUGGGCACAAGGAGGUGUACACGGUGAUAUACUCGCCCGACAACACAAAAAUUGCGACCGGAGGAUACAACGACUAUGCAGCGAACAUCUGGGAUGCAAAGACGGGCGAGCUGAUUGCCACACUCAAACAUGGAUAUUUGACACUGCCACUUGGAAGCAGAUUGCCACUUUGGAGGGUCACACAGACUAUGUCAACCUCAUCACCUUGUCUCAGAACAACCGCCUCCUUGUGAGCACAUCAAAUGACAAAACAGCGUGCAUCUGGAAUCUCGACACCAACCUCUCAAUCGGUCCACCCCUCCAGCACGAAGAAGAAGUGGAAUGCGCAGCCCUUUCUGCCGAUGGAAAAGUGCUAGUCACUGGCAAUGACAAAAAUGUGUACACAUGGGAUGUCCAGGCUAUACUCAAAAACGCUGGCCUUGAAGACCUUCUCCUACCUAUUCCUCAUGUCCUAGUUCAAAAGCAGCCAAUGAACAAUAAUGCCACGCGACGUCCACCUAUUCAUGCCCGUCGAAUACCCCCAAGGUUUUUCGAUGACAUGCAAGGCGAUAUCCAUUCUUCCACAUCGCACGACGUCCAUCCCCCUUCCUCCCAUCGCAUUCUUGCACCCUCUAUUGGGAAUCCACCGAUACAACUGAACCCCAACAAACCCCGAGGCGAGGAAUCUUCUCUUUUCGCGCUCCUCGUACUGUCGAAGUUGCUGCAGUACGAGACAGAAAGUCCUUGUUUGUGGCUCCGAGGCCCAAAGAAACGCAGCAGCAGAGCAGCCAGUCUCAUGGCCGGGGGUCGUCAUCGCAAUCUCAACCUGCCGCUACUUCGACGUCUACAACACAACCUGUUCCAAAUGGUAACAUUCAUGCUACCACACCACGUACAGUAACUGUACGGUCACGACUCCUCACGUUGUUGGCUCGUCUCGUGCUUUUGAUUUGUUGCGCACCUCUCCCAAGCACCGAUGGUCAUUAAUACUGCAGUAUACGGAAGAUUUUUUACUUUGUAUCUCCACUUCUUUCGCUGCUCCGUCAAUCGUAUUUUUCCGUCAUGAGACU